AUGUCGACGCCGUGGCUGGCGUAUGCGCUCGGGGCGCUUGUCGCGCCUGCUGUGGCGCUUGCGCGGGCGACGCUGUACCUCAACACGGGCAUCGUGCCUACGGCGAACCCUGUAGAGAUUAGCCUGCCGGACCUCAACAUUGUCCUGUCGCAGCACCUCGGCGUGGAGGCGCAGUCGCUCCCGCUGCCGUGCGCGGAGCGCACCCAGCCCGAGGUGUGGCACCACCUGCCCGAGGACGGCGCGCUGUACGACGCGUCGAGCCUGUUUGAUUCCCCGGCCAAGGGCGGUAUCAUGGUCACGUUCCACGGCCUCGAGGACGAGGAGGCGCUGUUUGGCGAGUCGCUGCGUGCGACGCACGUCGUGCCGCACGGCGCCUCUGGCACGAACUACGACGCACUCGCGGAGCUGUACGCGACAGUGACGAACGGCGUCAAGGACGCCGCGCACCACGCGGGCGACGCCCUCACACGCUUCCACGCCGAGCUCGGCGCGCUGCGCCGCCUCGCGGACGCCAACGUGCCGAUCAACCUCGAUGCGGUGUACCAGCUGCGCCUCUCGGCCCUCGCGGAUGUCCGCAGCGAGUACGGCGCCAAGUCGCACGUCUUCCAGGAGGCCAAGGCGCAGCUGCAGGCGGUGAUGGAGCGCCUGACGCAGCGCGCGCUUGCGGGCGCCGCGCCGCUCGCGCUCGUGCACGCCGCAUCGCAGGGCCACGCGCGCCGCGGACUCGAGACGCGCGAGGCGCUCCUCGCGCCGUUUGCCGCGUCCACGACGCGGCUCGGCGGCGUCGUUGCGCCGCUCAACGGCUCGCUGCCCGACGCGGGUGCGUGCCACCUGUCCAAGGAGUCGCUUGAGCGGGCGACCGUCAAGUGCUCCGGACACGGCUCGCCCAUCGAGACGAGCAAGGGCGGGAAAAAGUGCUGGCGGUGCGCCUGCACGCCGACCAAGAGCGCACAGCGCACCUUGUACUGGACUGGCGCCGCAUGCGAGAAGCAGGACGUAUCGUCGCUCACGCUCCUCAUCGGCAGCACCGUCGCUGUGCUGUUCGUGUCGGUGGUCGCCACCGUCGCCCUCCUCUACAACGAAGGCAGCCGGGCGCUGCCGGGGACGCUCGCGAGCAUUGCGCCGCCCUCGUAG